AUGGACCAAGUCAACCUCCAGGGCCACGGCCAGCAGAAGAUGCGCCAGUCGACGGCCGCACCCCGCAAAUAUGAUGGUCAGCAGGGCAAUCCGCUCUACGACUCUGCCAAUGGCGGUCACUAUGGCGCAUCUGCUUCGAUUGCCGCGCAAAACCAAGCUCCCGAUCCGCAGCUCUUCACCGGAUCCUGGCAAAAUGUGAACCAAGGUCUCACGGGCAACUACCGUGACAUUCUCAACACGUACUGGCAGCAGCAAGUCACCAAGCUCGAGACGGACGAACACGACUACAAGCUGCACCAGCUCCCGCUCGCUCGCAUCAAGAAGGUGAUGAAGGCAGAUCCAGAAGUUAAGAUGAUCUCGGCCGAAGCUCCCAUCCUCUUCGCCAAGGGCUGCGACAUCUUCAUCACCGAGCUCACCAUGCGAGCCUGGAUCCACGCCGAGGAGAACAAGCGUCGCACUCUGCAACGAUCCGACAUCGCCUCUGCACUCUCAAAGUCGGACAUGUUCGACUUCCUUAUCGACAUUGUCCCUCGCGAAGAGGCCCAUCCUCACAAGAGAAGCGCUGGGCAGAAUGCCGCGGUUCAGUCAUCGGCUGCAGUAGUUCCGCCUGGUGGAAUGGCGCAGCCCGUACAUGCCCAGCACCCCAUGGCUCACGCAGACUAUGGUAUGAACCAGCAUCUUGCCCAGCAAGAGGACUAUCAACAGCCGGCCAUGUACCCAGGCCAGGUGCAGGGCGACCCCAGAGCAUAUGCCCAGCAGCCCAUGUUUGAUCCCAACGUGUACAGCGGAUACAACCAAAUGAACCAGCAACCACAGAUGUAUGCAGUUGGCGGCCAGCGCGGACCCGACCCUAUCGCCGGCGACCCGCAGGCUUUUGGUCGCUACGAGGCCGACCCCGACGACGACGCUCAAGGCGAGCGAGUGGACGCCGACAACUAG